AUGGUUUUCCUUGCUGAUUUUGACAAAAGUGCUGAGAUUUCCCCAAAACAAAUGCUUGCUUACCUAAAUUUAAGUAUACUGGCCAAUAUCAAUGAAUGCACCUCUAGAAGUCACAGGUGUUCCUCCAAUGCAAACUGCAUCAAUACCGUAGGAAGUUACAGAUGUUCGUGCAACUCCGGGUAUGCUGGGAACGGACUCACGUGCACAGAUCAAAAUGAAUGCACGCAUGGCACUCACAAUUGUGACGUUAAUGCUAACUGCGAAAACACUCAGGGAAGCUUCACCUGCAGGUGCAGAGAAGGUUUCCAAGGCAAUGGAGUCCAAUGCACAGACAUAAAUGAAUGUGAAAGUGGGGCACAUACCUGUGACGCUAACGCCAUCUGUACCAACACCCCUGGGGGUUACACGUGCUCAUGUCACAACGGUUACGAUGGGGACGGAUACGAUUGCCAAGACGAAGACGAAUGUUCCGCCGGCACACACGAUUGUGACGUCAAUGCAGUUUGCUCAAACACGGAUGGAAAUUACACGUGCGAGUGUAUGGACGGUUACCAAGGCAACGGUCAUAUCUGCGAAGAUGUUGAUGAGUGUGAAGAAUCGGAAGUUUGUGGACCUAACUCUGUAUGCACCAACACCGUGGGCAGUUAUGAGUGCGCGUGCGCAGAAGGCUACACCAUGGGAGACGAUGGGCAGUGUGUUGAUGUAGACGAGUGCCUCCCAGGCACAAACUGUGAUGUCAAUGCCCAGUGUACUAACACUGUUGGUAGCUUUGAAUGCGCAUGCGCUGAAGGUUAUGAAGGCGAUGGUUUGGAAUGCACAGAUAUUGAUGAGUGCAGCAACGGUGAUCACGACUGCCAUCCAGAUGCCGUGUGCAACAACACUGCCGGAAGUUUCGAGUGCGCAUGUUCUGAGGGCUUUGAAGGAGACGGAAGAACGUGCACGGCUGUAGCCGAGGAGGAAGAGUUACCCACUUGUGAACGACGCAGCUGCAAGGGAGAUUGUCUGGAUUUUCCUGACGGCGGUCAGGUGUGCCGGUGCAGCACUUGGAAGAGAUAUGGAAACGGUUGCGAUGUCCUCAAGCAGACCUGUUCGACCAAUUGGAAACGAAGCUGCGGCAAACUUCAGCUUGACGACGGCGAAGUGUGCAGGUUCUGGUGUCCGCCUGGAUGUAACGAGGCUGGAAAACUGUUUGGGAGUGAUACUUACACCGCGAACUCCCAUGUCUGCCGUGCUGUCAUCCACGCUGGCCUUGAUGAAAAUGCUGAAGGUGGUUUUUUCCUCGGGGUGGGGCUUACCUACAAUGGCACCUAUGAGGGAGGUACCCGUUUUGGCAUGCCCUCGAGGAACAAACGUCGCUACAAUGGUGGUGCUUUCCGCCUCCUGGGUGAUGAAAAUAUCGAAGAAUGAAUGACCAUCUGGACCUUGGUCAACUCGUAGACUGGGGCUUACAGACGGACUGUUUGGAUGAUCGUUCUUGAUUUGAAAACAUAUAAUCCCCAUUUGUGAUCAAGAUAUAUUCAUGUUAGAUUUUGGCUCUUACAAUAUUAUUCAUUUACCUUACUGUACUGUCUGCUUUCGGAUUUCGAUCGCAAAUGGCAUAAAAAAAGUUUGAUACAAGACUGAGAUUGCGGCUUAAACAAAGCCCAGUGGUGUUUUUAUAGAUAAAUAACAGAUAACAAUAAUAACAUUGCAUAUUGCCGACUAAACCAAGAUUGAAAAUGCUACGUGGGCUUGUGUUAUAUAUUAUUUUGAAGUAUUGGGUCUAAUAUUAGUAAGAUAAUAAUACUGGGGUUCACCGGGGCAUGUUGUGCCUUCAUACUAUUUUGAUGCGCUUGAGAGAUAGGCCUACUGGAUGUAUUGGGUCCAUAGUAGAACUAUAUAGUAUAGACUUAGUCAUCGGUUCCAGUUCUGAUAUUCUUGAUAUUCCUUCACUUCUUUCUUUACAUAUUGGUGUUUCCGAAAUAUAUAUAUAUAUUUUUU